CCAAUGCUAGCAAUGGUAGCGCCCACUUCGUCUUCAUCUCUUAUUUCCCCGGAAAGCUAUUCAACACUUUCUAAUGCUACGUCCUCGGACUCGUCAUCUAAUACAGUGAAUGGUGACGAUAAUGUCCAUAGUAAUAGCAAUCUAUCGGAAUGUCUUACCCCGUCGCCCUCAACGACUUCUCCCUCCUAUUUUUUAUUGCACUACUGGACAAUAAUAUGUACUUAUAUAGCAAAUAUUUUCAGUAAAACGACUGCACGGCAUUCCACCGGCGAGCAUGCAUAUAUGCCGAUCGCUUCAAUUGAUAACAUUCACCCACCCAAAUCAGUCAAUUCGACACUUCGAGUGAGAAGCAACGCCAGAAAAGUGAAUCAAGCGUCAAUGACAUCAUCGUCAUCAUUCCCUUUGAUGAAAACGAAAACGCUUAUUUUGGAUUUGGACGAGACGCUGAUACAUUCGACUUCUAAUGGAUCACGGGCUAACGCGCAUAUGAUUGAAGUUAUGGUGGACAAUCACGCUUGCCUAUAUCAUGUUUAUAAGAGACCACACGUGGAUCAUUUUCUGAAAAAGGUUAGCGAAUGGUACAAGGUGGUAAUCUUUACCGCCUCUAUGCCAGAAUAUGCGGAUCCGGUAAUUGACUGGCUAGACCCAAAUAAAAAUUUGAUAUCUAACAGGUUUUUUCGUCAGUCUUGCACUAAUCGGAAUGGGGCAUAUAUCAAGGAUUUGACCAUCGUUGAACCCGAUCUUUCAAGAGUAUGCAUAAUCGAUAAUUCGCCGAUUUCUUAUGCAAUGCAUCGAGAGAAUGGGAUACCGAUCGAAGGUUGGAUCAGUGACCAACACGAUGAGGCACUAUUGGACUUGUUACCAUUCUUGGAUGCGUUAAGAUUCACCGAGGAUGUGAGGUCUAUACUUUCGCUGCAAACUUAUAAACUGUCGGACAUUUGA